AUGGCUGAAGAAGAACAAGAAUUUCAAUUGACCGAUGAUCAAAUUGCUGAAAUUCGAGAUGCAUUCAACAUGUACGACAAAGAACGAAAGGGCGAAAUUCCAACAUCGAUUCUUGGUACAGUCAUGAAAAACUUAGGACACAAUCUCAAACCUGAUCAAUUAGCUGAAUGUAUCGAAGCUGUCGAUGGUGAUGGAAGUGGUACCGUCGAUUUCGAUGAAUUUCUUGCUUUAAUGGCAAAGAAGACCAAGGAAGCUGAAGAUGAACGAGAAUUACGUGAAGUAUUUCGUGUCUUCGAUAAAAACAGCCGUGGUGUUAUCGAUGUUGCCGAUUUGAAAAUGAUCUUCAAGGCACUCGAUCCCGACAUGCCAGAUGAUGAAGUCGAACAAAUUAUCUCUGAAGUCGACGAAGAUGGUUCAGGCACUGUCGAUUACGAAGAAUUUUACAAAUUAAUGACAGGCUAA